AUGGCCACUGCUGAAGUGCAGGACAUGAUGGGAGGUGAAGUGCUAGCGACUCAAAUUGACCGUGGAAAUGCCGAAAUAACUUCUAGCAAAGAUGGAGUGGAUGCCAUGAUAAAGGAUGACGCUCAAGAAAACGAAGAAAAUAACAAAAUGCUGCAAGGCCUCCUUCAAGAGAAAGGGGAAAAAUACUCAGGGCCACGAAUGACCAAAACAUUCCUGAAAGACCACUGUAAGCAGAACAAACUUUACUCAACACCUUGCCUGAAUGACACAUUGUAUCUGCAUUUCAAAGGUUUCUCCACCAUCGAGAACUUGGAGGAGUACACAGGACUUAAGUGUCUCUGGCUGGAAAGCAACGGGCUUCAACGGAUUGACAACCUGGAUGCCCAGACUGAUCUGCGCUGCUUGUUCCUUCAGCAGAACCUCAUAAACAAGCUGGAAAACCUUGAACCUUUGAAAAAGCUCUGCACCCUGAAUGUCUCCAACAACUACAUCCACAUCAUAGAGCACAUCUCCUGCCUUCCUGACCUGAGCACCCUGCAGAUUGCCCAUAACAAGCUGGAGACUGUCGGGGACAUAGAGCAUCUGAGUCAGUGUCUGGCAAUCAGUGUGCUGGACAUUUCUCACAACCUGUUAUAUGACCCUGAGAUCCUCUCUGUACUUGAGGCCAUGCCACAACUGCGAGUGCUAAAUCUCAUGGGAAAUGAAGUGGUGAAGAAAAUCCCAAACUACAGGAAGACCAUGAUUGUACGCCUCAAGCAGCUCACCUUCCUUGAUGAUCGCCCUGUGUUCCCCAAAGACAGGGCAUGUGCAGAGGCGUGGGCAGUGGGGGGGCUGGAUGAGGAGCGUAAAGAGAGGGAGCAAUGGGAAACACGAGAGAGGAGGAAAAUUCAGGACAGCUUGGAUGGCAUGGUGAUGAUUCGAAAGAAAGCCCAAGAGAGACGACACCUUCGAGAGCUACAGGAGAAAGGGGAGACUGAGACUUCCGCCACUCCAGAGACUCCUUGUGAGGAAAACGACACCCAGAACUUGACUUCGUCACAAGGAGAGAAGAUCCAAGCCUUUGUGCAGGACAGCCUGGAUGCCCAUGAAGAGUUCUUGCAGAGUCAGUCAACACAGAGGCCCCAAGAACAUCAGCUGAACAGUGGACAUCUAGAAGCAGAGCAGCCAGGUGAAGGGUCACAGGUAGAGCUAUUAGAAAAAGAUGACCAGGACAAAUCACACAUAAAGCAACCUGUGACGGAAGAGAAAGAAGGGGUGGAUCCAGGGGACUCACCACAAGAGCAAGAAAGUACUGCAGGAAAGAUGUUAGAGACAGAAAAAGUAGAAGAUAACAAACAACAACAAAAGUCAUGUGGAAUGUGGUUCAUGAAAGAUGGAGCAGGGAGAGAGCAGGCACACACGAGUGAGAGGUUUGAAAAGAAACAGUCUUCUCUAGUGAGGGCAGUUCCUCCUGAAGCAGACAAGGUUGGACCAGCACAUGGUCCCGGACCACUGGUCACAGAGCUGGAGGAUGCAGGGCAGCUGGAAACCAUUCACCUUCCACCACAUCGCCCACUGUUUAUUGACGAUCUGCCUGAUCUGGAGGAUGUGGACACAGACGACCUCACGGUGACAUUCUCCUCUCAGCAAGCGUUCAAACCAAAAAUAGAGGUCAUGCCUGGAGGCACCGAUCAGGAUGAACCAAUUUGGAAUCGCAGUGAGGGCAAUUCCAUCUUUCGUCCAUAUAAAAAUUCACUGGUCACAAUGAAUGGCUGUGACAAUUCAACUGGGCUCUCCAACUCGUCUUCAUCACUGGUGUGUCCACUGGAUGGGGAGCCACUCCGCUCUGAACCAGCAGGAAAGUCCAAAACAAUCCAAACCUCCUCUCCUCCAUGCUGCCUGAUUGAGGAGCUGGAAUGA